CGACAUCGACAGUCGAGAGUUGUUGCUAGCCCCAGCAACAUCAGUUGCUCCCAACCUUAUAUUUUCAGGAGUAUUUCUUCGCGAUUUUUCAUACACUUAUUUUUUGCGGUGUUAUCACAAUCCACCCAUUCCCUCGCCAGCAAUAGGACGAUAACUAUUCAAUUCAAUUUUUUGUUUAUAUUUUAUUCCAUUUUUUCCAUUCAACUAUCUCUGUUACGUUGGAAUAUCCAACAACAACGAUAAGAUUAUACAAAAACGCGAUAAAUUUAGUCUGAAAACGUCUCCGACUGCCCAGUCGUCCCAUUUCUUAUUCAACACGAUGUUGAUUCGUAUCGUAUUAACAUUUAUGUCAAUCCUCGCGGUGCGAUCGGAACCUCAGCACGAUGUGUAUGUCGUAGAGAGCGAUUUAAAAGUGUCUAGUGAAAAUUCCGGUGGCUUCCUCCCAACCUGGGAGAGUUUGGACACCAGAGCUCUCCCCAAGUGGUACGAUAAUGCCAAGAUUGGGAUUUUUAUCCACUGGGGAGUCUACAGUGUUCCCAGUUUUCACUCUGAAUGGUUCUGGAACCACUGGAAAACUGAAAAAGUCACCCGGGAACUGAGGGAUUUCAUGAAAAAAAAUUACAAGCCUGAUUUCUCGUAUCAGGACUUUGCUCGUGAUUUUACUGCGGAAUUUUACGAUCCUAAUGAGUGGGCUAGAUUAUUCGAGGCUUCUGGAGCCAAAUACGUCGUCCUCACGAGUAAACAUCAUGAGGGGUACACACUCUGGCCUUCCAAGUACUCUUUUAGCUGGAAUGCCAUGGAUGUUGGACCCCACAGGGACUUAGUUGGGGAAUUAGCGGAUGCUGUAAGAGCUAACACAACCCUCCGCUUCGGGCUCUACCACUCCUUCUUCGAGUGGUACAAUCCCCUGUACUUGGAGGAUAAAAGUAAUAAUUUUACCUCUGACAAGUUCAUGCAGAGCAAGGUGAUACCGGAGAUGCAUGAAAUUGUUGAAAAGUACAAACCCGAGGUGUUCUGGAGUGACGGGGAUGGAGGUACCUCUGAGGAGUACUGGAAAUCCAAGGAGUUCAUAGCUUAUCUGUAUAAUGACAGCCCUGUUAGGGAUACAGUUGUUGUUAAUGACAGGUGGGGGACGGGGACCAAUUGCAAACAUGGGGAUUUCUAUUCGUGUGCUGAUAGGUUCAAUCCAGGACACCUUCUGCCCCACAAAUGGGAGAAUGCAAUGACUAUUGAUAAGAAAUCAUGGGGAUAUCGUCGAAAUGCUGCUUUGGAAGAUUACAUGACCACCGAGGAACUUGUACAGCAGUUAGUGAGUACAAUCAGCUGUGGUGGCAACUUGUUGAUCAACGUUGGACCUACGAAGGAUGGGAUCAUCGCUCCAAUAUUCCAAGACCGUCUUUUAGGCCUAGGUCAUUGGCUGAAGGUGAACGGUGAGGCUAUCUACAAUACUUCACCCUGGAGGGCACAAAAUGACACUAUCACAGGGGACACUUGGUACACAGCCAACGUCGACUCCAAAACCCUUUAUGCAAUUGUCCUCACGUGGCCAGAGGACGAUAUUUUGGAACUUGGGGCUCUGCCACUUGGUCAGCCCUUGAGUUUCGAAAUUCUGGGUCAUUCUGGAAAGAUUGAAUGGCGAGAAGUAGGAGACAGAAUCCUAGUGAACCUACCUGGGAUAGCUCACAGGGGACAGCCAGCCUGGACCCUCAAGAUUAGAUAAAAUACACGGCAAGAACUACUCAGGAAAAAUUAUAGAAAUAAUUAUGAAAAUAAUUUUUAUUGACUGUUUCUCUCGAUGGAGAUUAACGAGUGGGUUAUUUAGUAAUCAGCUCAUGAAAAAUGAAAUUGUAAAUCUAUUAGACUUGUCAUUAAUUAAAUAUAUAUCCAAUUUUAUGAAGGAC